AGCCAAAUAAAAACACUCCAGAGAGCACUUUAGCAGCUAUAAAUACUCUAAAAACCUUUGACGUAUAUGCUUCAUCAGGUCAGAGUUGCAAGAGUAUUUUAGCCACAUAUAUAUAUACAUCAACUACCCUACAUACCCUACCCUCCAUACUUUGUUCUUCGUUGUUGUUCUGGCUAGCUAAACAAUUAUUGGCUUUGAUCGAGGAUGGGUUUCUCAUCAUCCGGGUCAUGUAUUCUACUUGGGCUGCUACUUCUGAUGUCAGCAAUGGUGUCAGAAAGUAGAGUGGCAAGGAAGGACUUGGGUCUAGACCUUGGUGGGAUAGGACUUGGAGUUGGAGCUGGAUUAGGCCUUGGCCUUGGAGGUGGUAGUGGCUCUGGAGCUGGAGCUGGAGCUGGAUCAGGCUCUGCCUCUGGUUCUAGCUCUUCUUCAAGCUCAUCAUCUUCUUCUUCUAGCUCAGGUGGUGGUGGUGGAGGAGCGGGCUCUGAAGCAGGUUCUUACGCUGGCUCAUAUGCAGGAUCCAGGGCUGGAUCAGGAAGACGAGGAGGCGGCCGUGGCGGAGGCGGAGGUGGAGGAGGAGGAGGAGGAGGCGGCGGCGGCGGCGGUGGUGGUAGAGGUGGUGGGUCUGGCUCAGGCUAUGGUGGAGGUUAUGGAGGGGGUUAUGGCGAGGGUGGUGGUGAUUAAUUAUAAGAGUGAUUAUUGUGUAAUAAAUAAAUAAAUAAAUAUUGGUAUGAACCCUAGAUCUGUAGCUAUAUGAAUAAACACGUAGUGUAAAUGUGUAAUUUGGUGAACUCUCUGUCGUGAAGAGAAAUCGUUUGUGUUUCAUUUCGUUAGUAUUAAUUAGUUUCUUGAGUCAAGCAAA